UGAAAUAUGAAUCAAUCUCUUGUGUGUAUAUAUAUAAACCUUGGAAUCUAAAAUUUGCAUACCCUUGACUUUUCUUUUCUUUUUUUCUUUUUUAAUUUUCAUUCUAAAUCUUCUCUUAUUGGGAGAAUGAAAUAAAAAAAAUUAAAAAGAAAAGAAAAAGAGAGAAGGUGAAAGGAGUUUGUAAAUGGAAGAUCGAAUGUAACCACAGCAGUUUCAUCAGAUUAGGACCCAAACGCAAUCUCCAUCAAGUACCCCACAAUCGGUUGAUCAACUUUUGCUUCGAUUUCGGAGUAAAAAUCGCAUACAUAAUAAGGAACAAAGACAGGCAAUGUCACUUCCUAUUUAUGCCAGGCACUACAUUUAAGCCUAUGACUUAACACUCCCUCACAUGCAUGAAUUAUCCAUUAUCACCCACACAAAUUCUUUCAAUUGCACCCCCUUUCUCCUUCCCCUUAAACCACUCAAAUAUCCAUCUUUGACUCUCUUAAUCAUUUAACAGUAAUAAAGAGGAUAGUUGAACUGCUUUUGAGUUGGUGUUUUUCUUUUUUUCGUCUUUCUUGGUUGCUAGCUAGCUCCUGCAUGAAACAAAGUUCCUUGUCUUGUUUCUCACUGUUGCAAUGAAGUAUAUCCGAACCAACAGCUGGAAACGGUUGUUUUCAUUAAAACGACGCAGUUUUGAGGAUGAUGUUUCAAACCAACUUGGGGUUUUUGAAGGAGAAGACAACAGCAAAGAUGGCUUCAAGAUUGUUUCAGUUGCAGAGCAAUCUCGGAGACCUUCUUGGAGAUGCUUCUCCUUUGAAGAAAUUUUUGUUGCCACCAAUGCUUUUUGCUCAGAGAAUUUGGUAGGGAAAGGAGGGUGUGCAGAGGUAUACAAAGGAGUGUUAAAGGAUGGGGAAGAGAUUGCAGUGAAGAGGCUAACAGAAGCUUCAACUGAUGAAAGGAAAGGGAAGGCUUUCUUGACAGAAAUUGGAACUAUUGGUCAUGCCUGCCAUCCAAAUGUAUUGGCACUUUUAGGCUGUUGCAUUGACAAUGGCCUUUAUCUCAUCUUUCAGUUCUCUUCCAGAGGCUCUGUUGCUUCACUUCUCCAUGUUUUUGUCACUGCAGAUGUGAAAUUGCCACCAAUGGACUGGAAAACAAGGUACAAGAUUGCAAUUGGUACUGCAAGAGGACUCCAUUACUUGCAUAGAGUGUGUCAAAGGAGGAUAAUUCACCGUGACAUAAAGUCUUCAAAUAUUCUAUUGACUGCAGAUUUUGAUGCUCAGAUAUCAGAUUUUGGACUAGCAAAAUGGCUUCCUUCUCAGUGGACACACCAUUCUAUUGCUCCAAUUGAAGGGACAUUUGGGCAUUUAGCGCCUGAGUACUUUAUGCAUGGAAUUGUGGAUGAGAAGACAGAUGUGUUUGCAUUUGGAGUUUUCAUGUUAGAGAUUGUUUCAGGGAGGAAACCAGUUGAUGCCUCUCACCUAAGCUUGCACUGCUGGGCAAAACCACUGUUGGACCGAGAGGAGAUUGAAAAAUUGGUAGAUCCAAGGCUCCGAGGGGCCUUUGACAUUUCACAGCUAAAAAAACUUGCAUUUACCGCAUCUCUUUGCAUUCGAGCAUCUUCAGCAUGGCGUCCUACCAUGAACGAGGUUUUGGAAGUUCUUAUGGAAGGGGAUACUGAUAAAGAGAGGUGGAAAAUGCCAGAAGAAGAAGACCAAGAAGAAUUCUGGGGCUUUGAGGAUCUUGAAUAUGAAUGUCACAGUUGUUUCUCUGUUUCUCCACAAGAAUAUUCAAUCUCUACCACAAGUUCUUAAAGUGAAAAAUAAUCCAAUCUUCAUGUAAAUACAAAUAUUUUGCAAUUAUAA